UAGGCAUUUAAGGCAGAUCGUUUCCUUCCUUUUUUUUUUCUCUGGGCUUUAGCUGCUUACCUUGCUUACUCAACCACCGCCACCGGGUUGUGAAAUAAGAUAAAGGGAAAAGAAACCGAAGAGAAAGCUGCGUGUUCAAGUAAUCAAUCAUCAAAUGGAGAAGGGAAAAACAAGGGAGGUAGUGGUCUCAGCUCUGCAGUUCGCUUGCACAGAUGAUGUCUCCACUAAUGUCGCUACUGCUGAAAGGCUGGUUAGAACUGCUCAUAGGAAAGGUGCAAACAUUAUUCUCAUUCAGGAACUAUUUGAGGGAUAUUACUUCUGUCAAGCACAAAGAGAGGAUUUCUUUCAGCGAGCUAAGCCUUACGAGGGCCAUCCUACAAUUUUCAGGAUGCAAAAACUUGCAAAAGAAUUGGGUGUGGUUAUACCAGUCAGCUUCUUUGAAGAGGCAAAUAACGCCCAUUACAAUUCCAUAGCCAUAAUUGAUGCUGAUGGGACUGACCUUGGGCUCUAUAGGAAGUCUCAUAUUCCAGAUGGACCAGGUUACCAGGAAAAGUUCUACUUUAAUCCCGGUGACACUGGCUUCAAGGUUUUCCAAACUAAGUUUGCAAAAAUUGGAGUUGCGAUAUGCUGGGAUUAGUGGUUUCCAGAGGCAGCCAGAGCUAUGGUUCUGCAAGGUGCAGAAAUUUUAUUUUACCCUACUGCUAUUGGUUCAGAACCUCAAGAUGAAGGACUUGAUUCUUGUGAUCACUGGAAGCUAGUGAUGCAGGGGCAUGCUAGGGCUAAUGUUGUACCUCUAGUAGCUUCAAACCGCAUUGGAAAGGAAAUAAUCCAGACAGAGCAUGGAGAUAGCAAGAUCACAUUUUAUGGGAACUCAUUCAUAGCAGGACCAACUGGGGAAAUUGUUGCAGUUGCUAAUGACAAAGAGGAAGCUGUUCUUGUUGCUAAGUUUGAUCUAGACAAAAUCAAAUCCAAGAGACAUAGUUGGGGGCUAUUCCGAGAUCGACGUCCAGAUUUGUAUAAGGUUCUUUUGACAUUAGAUGGCAGUAAACCCUCACUGUGAUUUUAUGCUGCUUAUUACGAACUCACAAUAAUACUUUGUUGUAGAGGUAACCAGUUAACUUCAUAAAACACUUUUCCAACCAUGAUAUGUUUGAAGGAUGAUCAAAGAACAUUUAUUUGGGCACAAUAAAUUUGAACCUCAGGCCAGUUUUAUGGUUUAUGAAGCACAGUUCCUAGCC